AUGUCUGGCGGUCAGAGGAACCCUCCUGCAGGCUACAACCACCCCUACCAACACGCGCAGCAUCCGGGCUAUCCCCAGCACGCCCAGCAGCCAUCUCACCAGCAGCAGCCUCAGCAUCAGCAGCCCCUGCAGCCCUCGCAGCAUCCGCAGGGCUACCCGCAGGGCUAUCCUCAGGGCUACCCGGCCGCCCCAGCCUACAGCCCCAGCCACACCUUCUCUGCGGCCCAAUCGCGUACCCAGCCCGCAUACGCCAACUUCUCCUCGGCCGACGCGUUCGCCUUCGGCCACGACCUCAGCGCCCUCACACCGCACUUUGACGCCAGCGGCGCCGGCAUCGGCACCGGCGGCACUGGCGGCACUGGCAGCAGCCUGGCGGCAUUCUCGGGCCAAGGAUACCCUUCCGACCCGCACAGCGUCCACAACAACGGCGGCUUCGCGGGCAGCACCAGCGGCAGCGGCAACGCCUAUCCGGGCUCGGCCUCCCCUAGUGUCCACACGCACUAUCCGGCGCAGCAGCAGCACCUGCAGUCCUUCCAGCAGCAGGCGCAGCAGGCGCAGCACCAGUCCCCCUACCAUCAGCAUCAGCUGCAGCAUCAUCUGCAGCGGUUGCAGGAUCAGUCGCCGCAGCCGCAGCCGCAGCCGCAGCCGCAGCAGCCCGCCCAACCCCAGCACUACGCUCCGAACGGUCUCGAUCCUCGACAGGCUUUCGCCCAGCAGGAGCAAGUCCCGUCGCCGUCAAGCACCGAGUACCUCACCCCGCCCUUUGGCCCUGUUCAGCCGGUCCAGGGAGCUCAGGCAGUCCAGGCCACGAGUCCGACGAAGAAGUCGCUCAAGGUUCUCCUUCGACGCAGCGCCACCACCAACGCCGCCGGCCAACAGCAGGCCCAGGCCCAGCUGCAGAUCAAACCCGAGACCCUGCCCGAGUCGCUUCCCGCCUCGGAUCCCUCCACCGACGACCUCGACGCCAUGCCCCCGACAAGGCGAAGCGGGAGAACCUCGCGCGCCGGCAACCUGGCCGAAGAGGACGACGCCCCGCCGACGCCAGCCGGCGGAAGGAGCCUGCGCGGACGGCGAUCAGGCCUGCGCUAUACCGACGUCGCCGAAGACGACGACUUUGAAGCUGCUGCCGAUGACGCGCACGCGGACGAUGGCGACGGUUUCGACGACGGUCAGCACGACGUGGGCGCGGAUGCCAAGGGCGAAAAGGCCGACGAGGAGCACGAGGAGCCGAUCCCCGAAGCAGAUGCUGCCGGCAAUGACGAGGACGACGAGGACGACGAGACCUACGAGAAGCCCGCGCCGCAGACGCGACGCACGCGCAGCGGCAGAAUGGUGAGGGCCGACUUCAAGGAGUCGCCGGCAGACAGCGAGGACAGCGACGAGCCCGUCCCCGUGCGCCGGACCCGGUCCAAGGCCAACACCAGCCUCGGCGGCUUCGUCACGCACGACGACGAUGACGACGACGACGGCGAGGCCGACUACGGCGCUCCGAAGCGAUCCCUCCGUCUCCGUAAGGGCAACAGCAAGAUGGAGGAGAUGGCCGCCAAGAAGCGCGCCCGGCAACGUGCCAACGGCCGCGGGUCGAGGGCCAGCUCGCGGCGGCGGCGCGACAAGGUCGACGACGAGGAGCUCGAGGGCGAGGAGACGCCCGAGGAGCAGCUCGGCACGGGCGACGAGGACGGCCAGGGCGCACAGAGCGAUGAGCCCGAAGGCAGCCAGGCUCGCUCCUACAAACUCCGCGAGCGCAAGAGCAUCAACUACUCGGUGUUCGCACCACCGACGUCCCCUCCGCGCGACGGGUUCGGGAGAGCCGUUCGUCCGCGCGGCAGGACCUCGGGCGGAGGCGCCGGUGCCAGCGCCUACGAGAUCACGGCUGCCGGGGCCGGAACGAGCGGCCUUCCUGCGAUGCCGUUUGGCGGGCCGAGCGGUCGGGGCAAGAAGGGCAAGGAAGGCUGGGACGCGCUGCCCCUCUCGAUGACUGGCAAGGACUACGCCGCGGCGUUCGGCGACCCCAUCGACAGCUCCGACGAGGAGCUGCAGCAGAACGCCAUGGGCAAGCCCGGUGCCAGCGCCUCGAUGUUUGGCGGCACAUCUUCGGGCGGCCUGCUCGGGGCCGGCGGUACCACCGGAGGGGCAGGUGGCGGCGCAGCCUCAGCCGGCGGGCUACCUGGCUCCGGGGGCACCGACAGCUUCGGCCGGAUCAAGAAGGGCGACCCUCUGGCAGACAUCGACCCUCUGGGCGUGGACAUGAACAUCGACUUUGACAGCGUCGGCGGCCUGGAUCACCACAUUCAGCAGCUCAAGGAGAUGGUGACGCUGCCUCUCCUGUACCCGGAGCUCUUUCAGCGCUUCAAGGUGACGCCUCCGCGCGGCGUGCUGUUCCACGGCCCGCCGGGCACGGGCAAGACGCUCGUGGCGCGCGCGUUGGCGUCGAGCUGCAGCACCGACGGGCAGCAGAUCAGCUUCUUCAUGCGCAAGGGCGCCGACUGCCUGUCCAAGUGGGUGGGCGAGGCCGAGCGCCAGCUGCGGCUGCUGUUCGAGGAGGCCCGCGCGUCGCAGCCGAGCAUCAUCUUUUUCGACGAGAUCGACGGCCUGGCGCCCGUCCGGUCGAGCAAGCAGGACCAGAUCCACGCUAGCAUCGUCAGCACCAUGCUCGCCCUCAUGGACGGCAUGGACGGCCGCGGCCAGGUCGUCGUCAUCGGCGCCACCAACCGGCCGGACAGCGUCGACCCGGCGCUGCGGCGGCCCGGGCGCUUUGACCGCGAGUUCUACUUCCCGCUGCCGUCCAAGGAGGCGCGCAAGAGCAUCAUCGACAUCCAGACGCGCAAGUGGGAGCCGCCGCUCGACGACCCGUUCAAGUGGAAGCUCGCCGAGGUGACCAAGGGCUACGGAGGCGCCGACCUGCGCGCGCUCUGCACCGAGGCGGCGCUCAACGCCAUCCAGCGCCGGUACCCGCAGAUCUACCAGACCACCGACCGCCUGCUCCUCGACCCCGAGUCGAUCCAGGUCGACGCCAAGGACUUUAUGAUGUCGGUCAACAAGAUCGUGCCGUCGUCGGCGAGGUCGACGGCGUCGGCCGCGGCACCCCUGCCCGAGCGGCUGCGGCCCCUCCUCGGCGACGCCGUCUCCGAGGCCACCGCCGCCCUCGACCGCGUGCUGCCGCCCGUCUCGAAGCGCAACCCGCUCGAGGAGGCGCUCUGGGAGGACGAUACCUUCGCCACGCCCAAGGGCACCUCGCUCAUCGCUGGGUCCAGCAUCCUCGAUGACGACCGCGGCUUCGGGCGCGAGAUGCUCCUGCAGUCGUUCGAGGCCCAGCGCGUCUUCCGGCCGCGGAUGCUGAUCCACGGCGGCGUCGGCAUGGGCCAGGCGGCCGUCGGCGGCGCGCUGCUCCAGCACCUCGAGGGCUACCACGUCCAGUCGCUCGACAUCGGCACGCUAAUGGGCGACAGCGCCCGCACGCCCGAGGCCGCCGUCGUCCAGCUCUUUGUUGAGGCCAAGCGCCACAAGCCGAGCGUCAUCUUCAUCCCGGGACUCAUCCACUGGGCGGCUUCGGUGAGCGACAGCGUCAAGACGACGUUCCGCGCGCUGCUCGACGAGCUGGCGCCCUCGGACCCCAUCCUCGUGCUCGCCAUCGCCGAGGCGCCCCUCUCGCGGCUCUCGCGCGACGUCAAGAGCUGGUUCGGCUACCUGCGCGACAACAAGACCGAGAUCCGCGCUCCGGCCCUCGACCAGCGCCGCGCCUACUUCCAGGAGAUCCUCGACCACGUCAGCCGGCCGCCGACCCAGUUCCCGGACGCGCUGCCGCGGAGGCGCAAGGUGCUCGAGGAGCUGCCCAAGGCGCCGCCGCGCGCGCCUCGCAAGCUGACCGAGGCCGAGCUCCAGCAGCAGGCCGAGAACGACGCCAAGCUGCUCGAACACCUCAAGUUCCGCCUCGGCCCGGUGCUGACCGAGCUGCGCAAAAAGCACAAGAAGUUUACGCGGGAUGUCUGGGACGAGUACAACAUGAAGUACCUCUCCCAGACGUUUGAGUGGAAGAAGGAGAAGAGCAAGUACAUCUUCGAAGUACGCUACGAUCUGCCGCCGCCAGAAGGCGAAGAGGCAGGCGCCACCGCCCUCGCCGACGGAGGAGCGACCGAUUCCGCUGCCGAUGCGGCCAACGAGUCGACGGAUGCUCUCGGCGAGGCAGCACAGAAGCCGCUGCCGCUCAACGGCACCAAUGGCACCGCGGAUGCGGGCGACGUAUCGAUGGAGCAGGCUGCGCUGCCGCUGGGCGGCGCUCUGCCCGUGACCGAGGCCAACGGGGCCGGCGAGCCCGCAGACCAGACGGCCACGCACGCUGGACAGCCUGCCGAUCCGUCAGCGGCCGAGGACGCCGCGCUGCCACCCCCCUCUCAGCAGCAGCAGCAGCCUCCGCAGCAGGCUCUGCCCAUGGCCAACGGCAUCGCCCAGGCGGCGGGCGACCAGGGUGCAGCUGCCGCGGCGACCCACGCCGAUGCCGACGCCGACGCCGACCAGUCGACCGCCACCGUCACAGCGCCGGAACCGACGGCGGCGACCGGCAAACGGGCCGAGGGCGUGCAGCGGGACGAGCACGGCUGGUUCCGGAUGCAGACGCACACCUUCUGGACCAUGAACCUCGAAAAGAUGCAAAAGCGCCUCUACUACAACGGCUACCUCUCGUACGGCGCGUUUAUGGACGACAUCAACAAGAUUGUGUCGAACGCCGAGGAGGGCGCCUACGUCGAGCCGGAGCGCGUCUUCCGGGCGCACCAGAUGCGCAACCAGGCCAUUGUGCUGCUCGACCAGUACAUCGACCCCAACUUCCGCGCCGAGUGCGACCGGAUGGCGCAGCGCCAGGCCGAGCGCCAGGCCAAGCAAAGGCGGCCGAGGCGAGGCCGCCGCGGCCGCCGCUCGGCGGGCGAGAGGCAGAGCGCGCGGGUCCAGGGCCUCGAGCCCGAGAUCACCGCGCCCGUCGACCUGAACGCCGUCGAGCGCAGCGGCAGCAAGCGUGCCCGGAGCGAGUCCAAGCACCCCGACGAGGAGCGGUCCGCCGCCGGUCAGGUCGGCGACGUCGAAAUGGCCGACGAGACGCGCAAGCGGGUCCGGAUCGACAGCGGCGGCGGCGGUGGUAGCGGCGAAGGCGAUGGCGCUGCUGCUUCUGCCGAAGCGACGCUCGACUCGAUGCCGCCCAAGAUGGAUGCCAUCGGCCUUCCAGGCGACGCAGGCCCAGACUCUUCUUCGCAGCAGCAAUCGGCCGAGGCCGAAGUCGCGCCGCACCCGCCGUUUGCGUGCGAUGCGGCCGCCGUGGCCGAUCUGGGGAGCUACAUUGUCCAGAGGUCGGCGGCGUUCAACAUCGAGCAGCUCGAGCAGCUGCGCGCCGCGUGCUUUGACCGCGUCUGGGCGCGCCGUUCGGACUGGGACCGCGGCCGCCUGGUCGUCGAGCUGCGCGCGCUCAUCGACGAGGUCUCGGAUGCUGUCGACGACGAGCUGCGGGAUCGCACGAGGGACGACGACGAGGCCGCCGAUGGCGUCGUCGAGUAG